AACUUGCUGGGGCAGGCUCCUCCUCCCUCUCCACCCCUUGAAUAGAUCCUUAAGUGGGCUCACGCCACUCCACCAGCCUCACCUGGCACUUUCAUCAUGGCUUACAUUGCCAAGUCCUUCUACGACCUUACUGCUAUCACCCUGGAUGGGGAGAAAGUAGAUUUUGGUACAUUCCGAGGCAGGGCAGUGCUGAUUGAGAAUGUGGCCUCACUCUGAGGCACAACAACCCGGGACUUCACCCAGCUCAACGAGCUGCAAUGCCGCUAUCCCAGGCGCCUGGUGGUUCUCGGCUUCCCCUGCAACCAAUUUGGACAUCAGGAGAACUGUCAGAAUGAGGAGAUCCUGAACAGUCUCAAGUAUGUCCGCCCUGGGGGUGGAUUCCAGCCCACCUUUACCCUUAUCCAAAAGUGUGAGGUGAACGGUCAGAACGAGCAUCCCGUCUUCGCCUACCUGAAGGACAAGCUCCCCUACCCUUAUGACGACCCAUUUUCUCUCAUGACCGAUCCCAAGUUCGUCAUUUGGAGCCCGGUGCGCCGCUCAGAUGUGGCCUGGAACUUUGAGAAGUUCCUUGUUGGGCCGGAGGGGGAGCCCUUCCGACGCUACAGCCGCACCUUCCCUACCGUCAACAUUGAGCCUGACAUCAAGCGCCUCCUGAAAGUUGCCAUAUAGACACGAGCUGCUCAGCACACAGAUCUACCCUAUCCAGCCCCUGAGUAUCUUUCCUUAGGAUUCAGUGUGCCCUCAGCAGACACGACUGGACCUGAGCCUUCCCUUGAGAUCAGUCCCCUUCAUUGAAGAGCCUUGCUUUUCCGAUCUGCCUGUUUCCUUUUUCUCCCUCAACCUUCCAGUUGGGGAUUCAACUGGGGCCUCCAAGACUUGGGUGGGCUCUGGGCCUUCACAGAAUGAUGGUACCUUCCUAAACCUGUAUGGGCGGUGUCUGAGAUGUGUGAAGGGCCCUGAGCCAGCCUGCUGGCUGAGUCCAAUAAAGGGCAGGUGUGCAAAUGGC